AUGGCUUAUUUUAAUUGUAAUUAUUUCACCUUGAUAGGGGCUACGGCAUUUGAUGGACGUAACUAUAUGGCGGUCAAUAUUACCGAUCAUGCCGAUAAUAUGACGCUCCAAUUUCAAAUUAAAAGUAAUCAAAUCGAUGGACAGCUAUUUCUUUUACCUAUUUCCGGGAAUUCAAGUUAUCUAUCCAUCCAAAUAAAAUCUGGCUAUUUGAAAGCGCUAUGGAUUAUUCAUGAUGAAAGUCUAGGAUUGAACAGUAUGGAGCUAAAUAAUGGAGUAUUAAUCAGCAAUCAUCAACCUCAUAUGGUUAAUCUAUAUCGACUUGGAGAAAAUUUUAUUCUACAAGUCGAUUCAUUCCUUUCUCAUUCUCAACAUUUAUUAGCACCAUUCAAUCGUUAUUCCAUCCAUGGCAUAGCGUAUAUCGGUGGCACACCAAGCGAAAUUCAGACAAGAUUCAAUUUGACUCAAAAUUUUAUCGGAUGUAUGCAUAAUAUUACAUUCUCUCAGAAUAAUGCUAAUCUCUUCGUCAAAGAGAAGGUAAUUAUUGGAAAUUUAAGUCAACUUUCUUGCCAAAAUCAAGAUAUUCAAUUAGCUUAUUUAUCCAAAUCACAAUCAAGCAUUCAAUUCAUGGAGCAGAUUUAUAAUCAAUCUGCUGAAUAUAAUUUAACGUUUGUAUUUCGUGCAUCGUAUUCACAACAAACUCAACUAUUAUAUAUCACUGAAACUCAAUCCAUGCAUAUGCUUCGACUUUUUAUAAAUAACAAGGUCAUAUUUGUUGAUGUAUCCAAUUUUGCACCUUUGCCAGCAGUCAUUAAUAGAGACAUUUUUGACGGUUACUGGCAUCACUUAUCUGUUAUAUUAAAUCGAACACAUUGCCGCGUUAUACUUGAUAAUGAAGAAACAACAUUAACAUCUCUCCAGCCAAUCGAUAAUCAAAAUAAGACUCAAAAUCGAACUGUAACAAUUCAAUUUCAUGGAUCCCUACCAAUCAUUAUGAGGGUACCCGAUGCCAACAAUGUUGAAAAUUUUAUUAUACAUAAAUAUAUAGAUCGAUACCAACAAUCUUGCUACGAUAUCUUUCGCCUUCAAGAAAGUAAGGCGGAUGGAUGGUAUAAUAUCGACCCUGAUGGCCCUAAUGGUUUACUACAGCCAUUUCCCACUUUUUGUAGCAGAUCUGAUUUAACUAUAACCACUAUUCGUCAUCAAUUUGGAACUAAUCCGUAUAAUGUACCACAAAAUAAUUCUAUUGGACCUGGUGCUCGUGUUAUUGAUAUUACUUAUCAAGAUGGUAUAGGAAUUCAAUUACAGAAUAUUUCAAUUUCUCAAAUUACUGCUUUAAUUAAUAACUCUAAUACGUGUGGUCAAGUCUUAAACUAUUUCUGUAGCCGAUCUGUUCUGCUUAAUUAUCCUCAUCAACCUUACGUAUGGUGGGUAUCUCGCCAUGGCCAAGCUAUGAAUAGUUGGAGUGGUGCUCCAAUUGGUUCUCGAAAAUGUGCUUGCGGUACUGUAGAUUCCUGCAUCAAUAAGACUAAAGUAUGUAAUUGUGAUGCCAAUCGACAAACAUGGGCAUCGGAUGAAGGUACUUUGACCAGCAAAGCACAUUUACCGGUUACUCAGGUCCAUGUCGGUUACCAAUCAAAUGAUAUCCAACGACAAAGUCUUAUCCAACUUGGUAGCUUAACUUGCGAUGGUCAAGCACCUCCAUCAGAUAUAAUAACAUUAACUUCAAAUCGUCAUGGAAUUGCAUUAAAUCGGCAACAAUUAUCCGAUGGUCAUAUUAGAAUUUCAUUUAAAGGGAAAUCAGUUUAUGGGAUCUUACUUUUUUUGCAAGGGUUAUCAACUCGAGUUGUACUGACCGUAUCUCCAAAGCAAGUGAAUCUAACAUAUGAUUUAGGACAAGGUCAUGGCCAACAACAACUAUCCGUUGCAGCUGAAGGUUAUAAUCUAUACAACGAUGAUAACUGGCAUCAAAUAAGGUUUAGUUUAUCGCUAUCUGGAAGUUGGCUUAGUGUUGAUCAAGCUACAUCAUUUGAAAAGAAAGGCGUAACGUCCACUAUUCACCAAUUAAUUCGAUUUGAUCUCAGUGGAAUACUCUCAAUUGGCUAUAACUCUGCAAUGAAUAUGGAUGGUUUUACUGGUUGCCUAGGUGAUUUCUUUAUUGGACUGAAGAAAUAUAGUCUUCAACAAUAUAUCGGAAAUACCAUUGUUAAUAGCUGUAAAAUUCCAUGCUUUAAAACUCCGUGUCAACACUUUUCCGUAUGUCAAGGAAAUUACUCUUCAUUUUAUUGCGAUUGUUCAUCAACGCAAUAUAUUGGACCAGUCUGUAGUCACAUUCGAGGGGCUCAGUUUAGUAACGGAAAUGGUAUAAGAUAUACUAACAGCGAAUUUAAUCCGUCAGACAAUCGGAUUUUCUUAUCAUUUUGGACCAAUUUGUCUCAUAUUGAUAUUCUUAAUUUAAAAUUAUCAAUUGAAAAUAGCCCACAAAGUGAAUUAAUCCUAGCUAUCGAUAACAGUAGAAUAUUGUUGGUUGUAAACGAUUCUAAUAUAAUAUUGAAUGAAUUAAAUCGAGUAAAGUAUAACGAUCAACAACGUCAUGAUGUCUUAAUUGAUUUAGAAAGAAAUUUGAUUUCUGUCGACGGUAAAGAAGUACAAGAUGUGGUGAAAUUGAGCUUACAUAAUAAUAUAACAAUUCAGUUGGGCGAUGGAAAUAAUGGCUUAGGUGGUCUAUGCUUGAAUAAUGUAUCAAUUUUGGGUUUACGUCUACUUGAUUUAGCAUAUCAAUCACCUAAGAGUCAGAAUAUAGAAUUUAUUCCAAAUCAAUCAAGACAUGAAGUAAAAGAAGCUAUUUGUAUUAAUGGCCAAAUUUUACCCACUACUACUUCAACAACCUUAACAAAAUCUACAACACAUUUUACUAAUAAAAUCCCAUCUACAACCAAAAUACCUUCAACAAAUAAGCCUAUUUCAAAGGCAAGUAAUGCUGCUCCCACAACAAGUUCAAAGCAAUCGACAACAUCUAGUUCACAACAAAUUUUUACUUCUGGUCUUGGAACUGGAUCGGUACCCUUUGUCAAUACUAUAGGCACUGCAUUGACAGGAAGUCAACAAAGUAUGACAAUUGGGAUCGUUGCUGGCGUGGUUUCAUUUAUAUUAGUAGUAAUAAUUAUCGUGGUGUUAUAUUGGUAUUAUGUGUUAAGGCCUAAGAAAGAAAAGAGCAUAGAAUUGACGCAUAUGGAUAAAGAAAUAAUAGAAAAUACUGAUCAACCUGAUCAAAUUGUGGGAUCGACUUCAGAUCAAUCGAAUCAUGUUUCAAAACGUCAAUCACAGUCAAUAACUAAGAUUACUCCAAGAAAUUCUAAUUGCUACGAUAACGAUAACGAUAAUCUAGAUGUUAACAAUUUAUGUAAUGAUCAUUUGGAGGAGAUUAAUUUAAUGGAUGGUGACACAUUAGAAAAGCAUGAACAACAUGAUGAUAGUGUGCAACCUAAUAGAUCUAAUGACUGA